AACGUCACCAGGAAAAACUCUGGAUCCUGGUUAUGGCCUGGGGCCUGAUUUAUUUUUUAUUUUUUACUCGUCUCCGUAUUAUGCUAUUAAUGUGUUUUUAAAAUAUUCGCAGCAAGGUGGCGCAGUGGAGCAGGGUUUCAAUAUUUGACAGCUGUAAAAUACCACUUUGACAACUGGGCGUGCUGCGUGCAUUAUAAAUGGUAACUCGUUGCGACGUGUGUGUGUGUGUGUGGGUGGGGGCUCCAUUUAUAUAAACCGUAGGAAGGAGAGGGCGAGAGGAGGGGUUUAAAGCCAUACAGAUGUGACGAGGAACUAAGUGAAUGUAAAGGGAAGUUUCACAAGACCCACAGUGACUGACUGACUGACUGUAACGUUUUCGCAACAGACAAACAGUCCCGCUUUUUUUCACAAAAGGGAAAUAAACCAUUUGCCAUAGAUAUCAUUAUUUCAGGGAUUAGCGUCUGAAAGCAGCGAUGGCUCCUUCUCUGGCACAGGCCUAUCGUAGGCGCUGGUGGAUGGCGGUGACUGCGGUCAUAGAGAACCUGCUGUUCUCUGCUGUGCUGCUGGGCUGGGGAUCGCUACUCAUCAUGCUCAAGAACGAGGGCUUCUACUCACACCUCUGCAUAAACAAUGAGACAGUGUUCAGUAACAUCAGUUCGUGGGAAAGUGGUAUCUGGCAUAGCUGCGUGGACCAGGAAGAGAUGUUGAAUCUGGGCUUUACCAUUGGCUCCUUCCUGCUGAGUGCAGCCACUCUGCCGCUAGGUAUCCUGAUGGACAAGUACGGGCCCCGCCCACUCCGCCUCCUUGGCAGUGCGUGUUUUGCUUUCUCUUGUGCCAUGAUAGCUGCAGCUGCCUAUAACCCUGAAGUACUCUCGGCCCUCAUCUUCAUCGCAGUCUCCUUCAACGGCUUUGGAGGAAUCUGCCUCACCUUCACCUCCCUCACGUUACCCAACAUGUUUGGGAACGUGCCCACCAUCCUGUCUCUAAUGAUCGUCUACGCCUCUUCAGCCGUCACCUUCCCUUCUCUCCAGUUGAUCUAUGAUCUAGGCGUGUCCUUCAGGGUGAUCAUGUGGGUGUGGUCGGGGCUAGCCGGUCUUGUCUUCCUCAACUGCUUCCUUAAUUGGCCGGUGGAGGCUUUCCCCGCACCCGAGGAGAUCAGCUACUGCGUCAGUGGUCCUCCGUUCCGUAGUUCAGUCUGCUCGCUCUUCUUGUGGAGUCUCGUCACCAUGGCGAUGACCCAGCUGCGCAUCAUCUUCUUUAUGGGUGCCAUGAACAAGAUGCUGGAGUUCCUGGACCAUGGCGACCCACACCCCUCUAAGGAUCUAUUGAUGGAGGCAGAGCAACAAGUGGGUUUCUACUCGUCAGUGUUUGGCUCCCUGCAGCUGCUCUGCCUCCUCACCUGUCCUCUGAUUGGCUACAUCAUGGACUGGAGGAUGGAAGGAGUGCGACGUGAUGUUUUAUCCCUGACCUCUUCUCUCAGCCAACCUGAACCCCCAAAGAGAGACAGGAAGAUCCAGAAACUGACCAAUGCCAUCCGCGCUUUCAUCAUCACCAACGUUCUACUGGUCCUCUUCGAGUCAUCCAGAUGAUAGACAAACCUGCCUGUACAGAUAGUUUCCUUCAUCGUCCACACCAUGGUCAGAGGUUUCGCCUCCUGUGCUGGAGGACUCUAUGCUGCUGUAUAUCCGUCCAAUCACUUUGGGACGUUGUGAGGGAUGCAGUCGAUGUCGAGCGCGCUGUUCGCUCUCCUCCAGCAGCCUCUCUUCGUCAUCAUGGUGGGACACCUUGGAGGAGACCCCUACUGGAUCAACCUGAGCUUGCUCAUCGCCUCAUUGGCUGGAUUCCUGUUGCCAGGAUACCUGAUCUAUCACCGUAGGAACCUGAUGCGAGAGAAGGUGGAGGAGCCAUGCACCUAA